CAGCAGGCCAUGGAGUAUGAUGAGGAGGUUAUUUUUUCCUGAUUAUAAUUACACAAAAAAACCAACUUUACACUCACAACUCAGCUGUACAACUAAGUGAGCAAACAACAGAAGAGAGCUGUAGAGUAGAGUGCAGUGUCUUACUUGUAAUCAAUGGGUGACCAGGAUCUGUUCAGGGGAAAGAAACAAGUAUGGAAAAUUGAUGGAAACUGGCAUCUGGACAAGCAGUUCAUUCGUGUGUGUAAAUGUGAGUCCACAGGCACCGUCCUGGACCCUUACCACUGUACUCGGUGUACAGACACCUUUGCUUCCUACCUGGAUUACCUGUCUCACACCUGUACACCUCAGAGACUGUACCAGUGCUGCUCCUGUAGACACCUGUAUGGGACUGAGGAGGAGUUUGACUCUCAUGACUGUAGACCGUGUCGAUAUCCAUCUGACAGUGUAGACGAUUACGCAUACUCAGACACUUCCAUUGGGGGAGAAAUUGACUUGCCUUUAGAAACAAUGAAGCACACAAACUCCCCAGGCAUUUUCAGUGCCUCAGCCCAAGAAAAUAGUGAUGGACUUCUACAAAAAAUAAAGAAAGAGGAGAUUGAUAGUGAUGCAGACAGCUCACAGACUGAAGAAAUGGAAGGAGAUACAGAUAAUGGUAACAUGACUGACCUCCAUGAUAAUGAGGGGGGUCUACAUGCAAUGGGUCUAGAGAGUGCUUCACAUUCUCAAGAUCAUCAGGCGACAAGUGCUUCAAACGGUGACAUCGCUACUGAAUCUCAAGAACAAGCCCUGCAGGAAGCAGGGGUUCUUCAAGAUAAGAAUAAAAGAAGACAAGAGUUUUCACCGGCAAUAAGAGAGAAGAGGGUCACUGGAACAAGAGUGAGAAAGAGAAAACAGGGAAGGGAACAUUGGGUCAUCAAGCAGGACGUGGAAGGUCUGAAUGAGGUUAUUCUGAGUCAGAUCGCUGGUGAGGAGGGCGGGCAGGCCAAGGAGGGGGUGACAAGAGAGAGCCUAAUCAGUGAAGUGGUGAAUUCAGAGAUUCAAAGGACCAUGAGCACCAAAUGGAAGAAUGGCAGAGAGGAAACAGAGGCAGGUGAUCCAAUGACUGGAAGUGAAGGAGAGAUGGACCUUUCAGUGGUUAAAACAGAUAAACAUAUCACUGAGUUGAGCAGAAACAGUCUAUUUACAACGUCAUGUUCUGAAGAGGUUUCACACAGUCAAAGUGGGCCUCAUAAUGAGAGUCCUGAGGUUCCAUUAAUAGAGUCUAAUGAGAAAGAAGAUUCAAGAGGUGAAAAGGAAAUGCACAGAUUGAGUAAGUCCAGUAGAAAUACUGCUGCGGGAUCUGGUCAGUCUGAGGCAAAGUUAGUUUUUCAGAAACUAGGAAUAUCAAACAUCCCAAAUCCUGGUAAAGAAUUCAAAGUCUUUAAACUUAUGGCUUCAGAUCCAUUCAAAGACGCGAAAAGCACCAGCAUUGUCUCUCCUGUUCAACACCCUAAGCCUGUAACAUCCACUCCAACAAAAGGUGUCAGAAAUAACAGAUCUCUUAUAAAGCUUCUGUCCACUCCUCCCACUGAUUAUACCAGUCAACACGCACUACAGACUAGUUUACUUCCUUGUAAUAAUGUUUUCUCACCAUUUGCAAAUAGCAAUGUUCCAAGUUCCUCUCAAACUGGGCAAAAUCCCGACUCAGUGAUGAGGGGCUUUGCUUCAGCAUCAGGAUUAUCAACAUUAACAAAUGAUUCUAUAAGCACAUCACAACAAGAGGAAAAUACCGAUUCCCAGUUUAGUGAGGAGGGUCCAGACAUUUCCAUUGUUAAAAGUGAACAAAUGUAUGAAUCUGAUAAUGAUUCAGAACACGUGGAUGAUGUUCCACAAACCCCAAACACUGAAAUGGAACCAACCAUUACCAAUAUUAAGAGUGAACCAAUGGACGACUAUUCCUAUAAUGUUCCACCUACACAAGUUACCAAUAGUGACCAUGCUGUAGAGGGUCAAAGGUCCAUUAUAAAGAGUGAGCCCAUGGACAGUAUGUUUGAUGUUCCACAAACACAAGAUAAUUAUAUUGACAGUACCAUAGAGGGUCAAAACCCUAUUAUCAAGAACGAGCCUAUCGAUGAUUCCUAUAAUUUUAGCGCUGGUUAUUCAGUAAACCAAAAUGACACUCCUGAAGCCAUUGAAGAAAGUAUACUCUUCACAAAUUUGAAGAAAGAGCCUGAAAAUGAUUCCUCUAAUUUUACACAAAAUCAGUAUGAUAUUCCUCGUUCUGGAGUCACCGCCAAAGGUUACGGAAACUUAACCGCUGUUAAAACUGAACCAGGGGAGGAGUCAUCUGACUUAAGUUCUUGUUAUUCAGAUUACCAAAAUGUUCUGCAUUCUCAAGUCUCGGAAGAGAAGCAGAAUCUGGCUAUUGUUAAUGCUGUUAAUGCUGCACUAGAGAAUUCAGGAAUUCCUCCAGAACUCUUGUAUGGAGAGAACGAGAGAGAACAGACCUUACCAACAGAGAAAAGGACUGGUUCAGAUACAGGACAGUUUUGGCUCUACAACUGUAAAACUUGUGGAAAGAAAUUCAAACAUGCUGGAACAUUAAUGGUACACGAGCGAGCACACAACCUGGAGAAGAAGCAGUAUCAGUGUUUUAUAUGUGGGAGGAUCUGUACAGCAGCAAGCUACCUUAAAGUUCAUCUCAGGACCCACAAAGAGGAGCCCUCAGACACCACAAAGAGAAAGAUUCAAUGUUUUAAAUGUGAUGAACAAUUCCUCCACGAAAAGAACUUCCAGACUCACAUGAGGAUGCACUUUCAGAAGGGGCUGACUUACUGUAUCAAGUGUGGGAAAGGGUUCUACCGCAAAAACCAGCUAGACAAACACAUGGAGAAUCACACAGAUAAGUACCCAUGUAAACAUUGUGGUAGAGAAUUCUCCAGCCAGGCAGGAAGGACUAUCCAUCUCAACAGUCACAACAAAGAGAAACAAACCAGUAAACACCCAACAGAUAAGUUUCCCUGUGAGCAGUGUGGCAAACAAUUCUCAGCAGCAAGCAGGGCCCUUCAUCUUACCAUUCAUAACAGGGACAAAGAAACCAUUAACUGCCCUAUAUGUGACAGAGUUUUUGAAAAAAAUUUAGUUAAAUAUGAGAGUCACUUGAGGGAGCAUGAGUUAGCUACCCUGUUUUUAUGCCCCGUCUGUGGCCAUGGAUUUAGUACUAAAGGGGAGCUAACUUAUCAUCAGAAGAAACACCUCCAGAAGACAGAGGGGGCCAGUUCACAUGUACUUAAUGCUGUCCGGGGCCUGGUCAGUCACAGACAGUGAAGUGAGUUGAGACAGAGAAAA